AGAGAUUAUUUAAUGCUUUGAGGAGUAGGAGGAAGAAGGAGAUGCAAUCCGGUGUGUUUUUAAUCGGAAUGCGAAGGCUGUAGAGCUUUGGGAAUGUGGAUAUUGUUGGAUUCACAACGACAGCGUUCAACACUGGGUUUACCUGAUCUUCAAAACCAAACCUGAGGGAGAGAGAGAGACACCAGGGACACAGUUCCCCUCCAGACAAUCUUCACUCGCUUUCCAAACGGGAGACCAUCGUUCCUUUGGAGACUGUGCUCGAAUGAAGUUAAUUUUCUGCAGCCUCUCCGGAUUGGUGUUUAUUCUUUUUGGUGGAAUGAUUUCUAUAAUUGUUCCCAUUUAAAGACUGGGCUUUAUUUUUAACACCACUCUCCCUCCAGUUGGCAAACUCCAGCGCUGGAUUUUGCUUCCCUUUUUAAAGAGCUUUUUUUUUUGCAUUUCUUUUUUUUUAAAAGAAGGAUUGGCGUUUGCUUAUCUGUCUCUCAUAACAGUUUUAUAUGCAAUGGUGUAUUCACUGCUGGGAUAGAGACUUUUGCACCCGGAGUGGAGAAUGUAAAGAAGGCAGGCUGGGGUAAGAGCUUGUGAAACCCAGCCAUCGCCCCCUCUCACCCAGUGACCCUCCAGAGAGCAGAGCCCGGCUUGGCUGACCCACACAGUGUUUGGGGAGACGGAGGGGAACGUUCCACUGAGCACAUUGGAGAGACUAUGUUUGGAGAUGAUGAGGUGGAGUUCCCAGAGCGCUGCACAGGAGAUUGGUGAGGAAACUGAAGAUGGUGCCAUCUACACGAUAACGCUCAGGAGAGUUCAGGUGCACCAAGCAGCAAGCAAAGGCCAGCGAUGGCUGGGGGUAGACAGCGAACCUGCCAUGAACCUGUACGAGACGUGCAAAGUGCGGACCAUCAAGGCCGGGACACUGGAGAAACUGGUGGAAUAUCUGGUCUCCGCCUUCAAAGGCAAUGACUCCACCUACGUCACCAUCUUCCUGUGCACUUACCGUGCCUUUGCCUCAACCAAACAAGUGUUGGACUUGCUGCUGAACAGAUAUGGAAACUUGCACCAAAUGAAUGGAGAUGUAUCCAAGCUUACGCCAGACGACAGGCUGGAAUUGAAAAAAACCAUUUCAUCGAUCCUGGGUGCCUGGCUGGAUCAGUAUUCGGAAGAUUUCAGGAAGCCACCAGAUUACUCCUGCCUGAAGCAUCUCCACGCCUACAUCCGUCAGAUGUUCCCUGAGUCAGACCUGCAGCGUCGUGCUCAAACGCUGCUCGGCACCUUCCAAAGGCACAAGGGAGCAGAGCCCGAUCAGGAUGCGCCUGAUCACAGUAACUGCACCUACACAUUGGUGGAGGAGAAUGGAUUUGAAGAUGAAAAGCCCGAUUUCCUCUCCUUCAUUGCGAGUGUGGUGGCCGAGCAGUUUACAUUAAUGGAUGCGGAGUUGUUCAAGAAAGUGGUUCCGUAUCACUGCCUAGGAAGCAUCUGGUCCCAGAGAGACAAGAAGGGGAAGGAACAUCUGGCGCCCACAAUCCGUGCGACGGUCACACAGUUUAACAGAGUCACAAACUGUGUCAUCGCUACCUGUCUGAGCGACAAGACCCUGAAAUCCCAGCAGAGGGCUAAGAUCAUUGAGAGGUGGAUUGAGGUGGCCAGGGAAUGCCGAAUUUUCAAAAAUUUCUCCUCACUCCGCGCUAUUCUUUCUGCCUUGCAAUGCAACUCCGUUCACAGGCUGAAGAAAAGUUGGGAUGAAGUGUCCAGAGAGAACUUCCGGAUUUUCCAGGAAUUAUCAGAAAUCUUCUCUGACGACAACAACCACUCCUUGAGCCGUGAGCUCCUCAUCAAGGAAGGAACCUCGAAGUUCGCCACGCUCGAUAUCAACCCCAAAAGGGCUCAGAAACGGCAACAGCAGCAAAAGGAAAUGGGUGUCAUGCAGGGUACGAUCCCAUACCUGGGAACCUUCCUCACUGACCUGGUCAUGUUGGACACUGCGGUGAAAGACCACUUGGACGGAGGCUUGAUCAACUUUGAGAAAAGGAGAAAGGAGUUUGAAGUGAUCGCCCAGAUUAAGUUGUUGCAGUCCGCCUGCAACAAUUACUCCUUCACACCGGAUCAUCGGUUUGUGGAGUGGUUUCGAAAUAUCGAGCAACUGACCGAAGCUGAAAGUUACAACCUCUCGUGUGAAAUUGAGCCUCUGGCUGAGUCAGCGAGCAACACUCUGAAAGCAAAAAAGAACUCUGGCAUCAUCAAGCGGUGGACCGACAGGCAAACCCCGACGGCCGACACUCCGAGCCCAGGCGCCCAGUCUCGAUCUUGUGAGCAGCUGAAGUACGGACCGUACCUGGGUGGUGGGGACACGGCAGACUCCGUUAGCGUUACCUCUGCUGGCUCCAGCAACUCCGACGCGGAAGAAAUCAACGUCAGCUUCAUCUCGGAAUCGCCAGAUUCCCAGGAGAAGAAGUUCUGGGAAUCAACGUCGCUGUCCUCAUUGGACACAUCCGGAAUCGGCUCAGGGUCAAGCAGUGCAUCCUCAUCCUCGGUCUCCUCCACUCCUAUAACGUCCUCCAGAACACACAAACGCUCUGUCUCGGGAAUAUCCAGCUACUCCACACUAUCUCUGCCACUUUAUAACCAGCAGGUGGACGACUGCUGUAUCAUCCGGGUCAGCCUGGACGUUGACAAUGGGAACAUGUACAAGAGCAUCUUGGUGACGAGCCAGGAUAAAACACCUGUCGUCAUUCGAAAGGCUAUGGCCAAGCACAAUUUGGAUGGGGAUAGGCCUGAGGAAUACGAGCUGGUGCAGAUCAUCGCUGAGGACAGGGAAUUGAAAAUCCCUGACAACGCGAAUGUAUUUUAUGCUAUGAAUUCAUCCGUCAACUAUGACUUUAUGCUGAAGAAAAGGGGCCACCCAAAAGCAGGCAAAACGAAGCACGUUUCCAGUUCGACGCUUCCCAGAAUGAAGCAAAAGGGACUGAAGAUUACAAAAAGUAUUUUCUGACUCCUCUGAGCUGGGCUGACUCCCUGUGUUCACUGGAUUCACCAAAACUUUAUAUAUAUAUAUUAUAUAUAUAUAUA